AUGGUGCUGUUUCUAGGCAAAGUGGUAAGCCCUUCUCUCUUCGCCUCUCUACCAGCUUCUUCCUCUCUGUCAUCUGUAUAUGAAGCACGGGCUGCAAUUGGAGAUCAGGACCCUACCCUCCUUCGCCCCGAACACGCUUCUAUGAACCGAUUCUGGUGCGUCUUCUGCGAUUCUGACAUCGACGAGCUCGGUAGCUCAUUCGCUUGUGGUAAUUCAAUUAAUCAUAUGGCGAGUGCGGAUCACUUGAAGAAUUGCAAAUCAUUGAAGGGGUGGGAGAAGAAGUGCAAAUCAUUGAAGAAUGAAACUCCUAGCGAAGGAUCUCAUAGUGCUUUGAUCGGACCUUUAAAUGAUAUCCACAAUGAAUUGAACUCUGAAUACACAGAUAGUUUUGACAAAAAUAAUAUCCACUCUCUUAAUUCAAGUUGUUCAAAUAGUGUUGUGCCUUUACAAAAUUAUACAACUGAGAGAUAUCAGGUAUCCCAUUCAGAAUUAUAUAGAGUCUCUGAAGCUGGCCCUCUUCUCCAUGAUGCUAACUCAUAUUUGUAUGCGGGCACACAGUCUGAUACAAAUCCAUGGGGUUCAAAGGAUUUAACAGGUUACUUGCAUAGCCAACAUUCUGUCCUUUCUAAUGGUGGGAUAUGCUCUGUUGAUGGUUAUAUUUGUAACACAGGGGCCAAUUCCCCUCACUAUCUUUGCAAUGUUGAGCUUAUCGAGGUUCUGAAUUGA